AUGCCUGCUGUAAAUAUUGAACGUCCAAGAUUAUCAAGAGAAAUGCGUGAUGCAUUAAAACGACAUAUUCUACGUGAACGACAAAAAAAAAAAGAAGAAGCAGAUGCCAAUGAAGCUGAUAAACGAAGAAGACGUGCAGAAAAGGCUAAAGCAUUAUCAUCAUCAAAAGUUCAAUUAGAAGAUAAUGCGAAAGAUAUUCUUGAAUUACAACGAACAUUAGCUGAUUUAGAACAACAAAAAAUUGAACAGUAUAAUUUAUUAAGACGUGCAUUAACUGAAGAAGAUCGACGAAAACAUUCUCAACAAACUGUAACAAAAGAACCAUCAUGGUCAAGUCUUUAUUCACCAAAUCUUCAAAUGGCACAAUAUGCUCAUCAUCCUCAACAUUAUUUAUCAGCUCAACAAUCUCAUCGUUUAUUAGCAUAUAAACCUCCACCACCUCAACCAUCUCAACCACCAUCAUUUAUUCCAACAACAACGUCAACAAAUAUUAGUUCAAAACGACCACGUAGCCCAUCAUCAUCUCACAUUUAUUCUUCACCAUCAAAUAAAUCAUCACGUCCAAGUCUUGGACCUCCAAUGCAUACAAGACCAUUAAGUCCAAAUUCAACAUAUUCAUCUUCAUCAUCUCAAUCAGUAGUUCGUAAUAGUGCACCUAAUUUUCCAUCACCACAAAGUCAAUCAGCAUUUUCAGCUUAUCUCGGUUAUAUGACAUCAUCAUCAGCUGCUCCUGGUCCAUCAGCUUCAUAUCCAAGUCCAAUACCACGUGUUCGACCAUCAUCACAAAUGCCGAAUUAUUUAAAUCCAUUACAAUUUUUACCUCAACCAAUUGUUGAUCCAAAACAACAAGGAGCAAAUGUUUAUUCACAUCAUCCAUUGUUAAGACCUUCAAAAAAUGGAUCAAUUAUGAAUGGUUAUCCAUUACAACCUCAACAGUAG